AUGAAUCACUUGUUACAAGGAGGUAUAUGUGUUGAUGUCAAAACAUACACAACUAUAACUAUAGCAGAAUGUCGUCUGCUGGCGUUGCUUUUUUUCUCGCAGCCGCAACAGCCCUUGUUUCCACAACGGACUCUGCUGUUAGUAUUGCUGCAGGAUUCUUCUACAGACCUAGUGGCUGCAGCGACGGGUUUAUGUUACCAGAAACAUACAGAACAGCAACGACUCUGGUUCGAUCAAGGAUCGAAUGCCUGACAGUUUGUCAGAGCAGGACUGACUGCGUGUCGCUGGAUGUGGAAACGUUAACGAACGGCUCCGUUGCUUGCCACAUUAAUGCGGAAGAAGCUGGACAAUACGCGUUCUACAUACAACAGAACGGGACGCAGUUUUUGCACUAUGAAAGAGCCGCCAAUGAAGCGGCUGCCACAGCUUGCACACAGCCAGGUUUGUGUCCGCCCGGAACCUACAGCUCGGGGGCCUCUCAGUCCUGCAGCUGGUGCGUAAACGGGGAACGCCAACUGACCUGUACUGAGUGUCCGGCAGGGUCAGCUCAGCCCACGGCCGGAAUGACCAGUUGUGACCUUUGUCCUUUAAACACGUACACGGACACAACCGGCCAGACAACGUGCACGAACUGUCCAUCCGGAGAGACGACUUCAUCGACUGGAUCCACGGGAUGCGUACCUCCUCUCACGUACCAGUACCGCCUAGUAGGAGGGACGUCCACAUCAGGGCGCGUCGAGGUCUAUUACAGCAGCCAGUGGGGGACUGUAUGCGAUGACGGCUGGACCGACACGAACGCGCAGGUGCUGUGCAGAAGCCUAGGUCUACCCCACAGCUCUGCCAUACAGCACCAAUCGGCGUAUUUCGGGCAAGGAUCUGGUCAAAUAUGGAUGGAUAACGUUGCGUGUACCGGCACUGAGACCGAAAUAGGGAAUUGCGGCCAUAACGGAUGGGGCACUCAUAACUGUGGCCAUGGCGAGGACGCUGGAGUGACCUGUCAGUAAUCUGGAACCGUUUUCGCAAAAAGAAAAAAUAAGUCUGCAAUUGUUGAGCUAAGCUUAGACGGCUGAAAUCGGAUUGCCGACUUGGCAAAGUGGGAUUUGUGAAAGAGGUUUAAGGGACUUGUAGAAAUGAUUAACCCACUAUAAAUGAUUAUUGAUUAUGAUAUAUUGAUACCUCAACGAAUUACUGUCUCCAGUCAUGGGCCAAAUAACCGCCCAUGCUCCAGAGAUAGUAAAACAUUACUAAAGACAAUCGCAAUAUGGUCAAGCAACUUCGUUAAAUGACAAAAAAGUAAACUGUUUUGCGGAUAUUUUUAACGAGACUAAUGUUUAUCUUAAUUAUUAAGAUUGGCUGGCACGGAUUUAUUUCAAAUUGAAAUAGGCCGAAUUUUUGUUCUUAAAGUUUAGACCAAUACUGUUGUGAAACCGAAGCUGUCACAAUUUAACGCUGGUGAUCUUUCUGUGUCCUUUGGUCGCUAUAAGAUAUUAAAUAUUCAACGACAUAUUAUAGCCAUUAAAUAUUUAGUCGACAAGACCAAUGGACAUUGCACUCGAUCUAAAGACUACCAUAAUUCAAAUAUUAUCAAUCACGUCUGGAAUGAUGGAACAUGUGGCAACCAUAGUGUCAUGUUAGUACCAAGGGGAUAAUAACCUUUAGCUACGUGACUUGAUCUACGGAGGAGGUUACUGAUCAUGGAACAUGCACUUAGUAGACUAAAGUUUUAAAAGAUACAAUUGGAUUGAGAAAAAAUUUAGGAACUCAGUAAAGUAUGGUCCAGUUGAAUAAUAAUA